AUGCUUGAGGUGAAUAAAACCGCAGCAAACAUACUCGAUGGCUCAAGUGACGUGGCUAAACGUGCCACUGGUAACAAGAGUCGUGCUUCUGAGGAACUUAAACGUACUGAGCAUUCGACUGAAGUAAUCGUUGAGAUGAAAGAUGUGGCGAGUGAAGUAUCACAAGCUGCAAAAGAACAGCAGAAAGCUGCGGUGGUUUCUAAAGACGCAGUACAGACACUGUUCGAUAGGAUGGCAGAAGUGACGAAAUCUUCUGCACAACAGCAUGAAUCUGCAACCACCACAAUGGCGCGUGUUGCGGAGAUGGGUGAGACCGGCGGUAAGGUGGUAUCAACCUCAAAAGCUCAGGGAGAGAUGGUUGCCCGCGUAUCAGCCUCAAUGAACGAAAUGGUCGGCUCGGUACACGAAAUGGAUAAGGCGGUUAAGGAUGCAACAGAGCAUGGCAAAGCAUCGCUACAGUCCGCUGAGCAGGGUAGAGACUCUGUGUCUGCAACUGUGGCUGGUAUGAAGGCGAUUUCAGAAUCAUCUGAACAAAUAUCUGAAAUCAUCGACGUGAUUACCGAGAUUGCAGAACAGACCAACUUGCUUGCGCUAAACGCUGCGAUUGAGGCUGCCAGAGCCGGUGCACAUGGUAAAGGUUUCGCCGUGGUAGCCGAUGAGGCGAUUGCCAGGAAAACCGAUAACGGUGAACCGGUAAGUGUUGAAUUUAUGAGACGACGCCUCGAUCAUCUAGCUCCCCUGUUGACUGAUAAUGUAGCCAAAGACAAAAACGCAGAAGCGCUUGUUGAUCAGCCGACACUAGUAAGUGAAAGCCCAAGUGAAAGCUCAAGUGAAAUCUCAAGUGCAGAGAUUGAACCACCAGCAGAGCAAACAGAGCCCGUUAGUGUGCAGGUGCCUGAUGCACUUGAAACAGAAGACAGCUCUGAUGAUAUCGACCUUGAUAUGCUGCCAGAAUUCCUGGUUGAAUCCUACGAACAUCUUGAAGAGGUGGAAUCAUUACUGCUCAGUCUAGAAGAGACCCCUGAUGAUCAGAUACAAUGA